ACACCCACCAGUGCUGAGUAAGCUGCCAAUGGUCACCUCAUCCAAGUGAGAUGCCUGUCUAUUACAGUGCUCUUUCUCGUGGUCGUGUCGUCCUUUGUGACUAUUCAACUGUUAAGGUUCAGUUGGAGGAUGUUGCUCUCAAAGCUCUGGAGCUACUGGGACCAUCAGAUGAACGUAGACGACAAGAAAUUGAUGGAAAACUGAUAUUCACCCUAACCAUUGACAGCAUGACCUUCCUAGCCAUUACUGACCUGGACUAUGGGAGAGAAGAUGCCUUCAAUUUUUUGGGUAUGGCACAUUCACAAUUAAAAGCUCUUGGUCUUGUGAAAAAAGCAAAAUCUUGUUCUCACUUUGCUCUUCGUCCUGACUUCCAGGAGGAACUGGGCCGUUUGACGAUGGAGGCUUGUGGUGACUCAAGACUUGGGUUCAAGAGUAAAUUUGAGAAUGUCCAUCACAUAGUGAGGCAGAACGUUGAUAAGGUGGUGGAGAGAGGAGAAGCUUUAGCCUCACUCGAGGAGAGGUCAGAAUAUCUUAAACUGAACUCGACUGAGUUUCAACGAACAGCAACUAAACUCAAGAGGAAGAUGCUUUGUGGGUCGAUCAAAUUGUGGGCAGUUCUGAUAAUAAUAAUAAUAUUAAUAAUAGCUGUCAUUGCUACUUUGAUUGCUUUGGCUGCUACUCAUAAAAUAUAAACCAAAGGACUUUAAUCAUUUUAUAUACUUAUAUACAUGUUCAUGAUAAUUAGUCUGUCAUUAUUAUUGUUAUCUUGUAUUUAAUGAAUCGGUAA